GUACCUCUGUUUCUCUCUAGGAACUUUCUAGGUGGCGCUAUAUUAAUUCGAACUGAAAGCACUAAAGUCGAUCGUCGUUCGCUCGAGUUCCUACAAUAAGCAUGGCUGCCUUUGGGGACGAUCUUUUUAGUGUUUUUGAAGAACCGGCAGGCUCAUCCCUUAUUGAAAAACAAAAUGAAAGUAUUGAAGAUACUUCAGAGAUAGAAUGUGGGGAGAAACGUCCACUUCCUGAUCCAGGAGAGAGUGAAGAAGGCAGUAAACGUGUGCGAGUUGGACUUACAGAUGAAGACUUAAACUUGGCUGAAAUUUUACCAAAGGUGUCUGUACACCCUGUUGAAGGAACAAUUCCUGGCUGUACUCAUGAAGUAGCUGUGCCUACAGACGAAGAAUAUGAAGAGUUGAAACCUAUGGCAGAGGGCUACAAGCCUGCUAAGGAAUACCCUUUCAUUUUAGAUCCUUUUCAGAAGGAAGCUUUGAAAUGUCUUGAGAAUAAUCAAUCAGUUUUGGUGUCGGCCCACACAUCUGCAGGAAAAACAGUUGUAGCAGAAUAUGCCAUUGCCAUGUCAUUAAGGAACAAACAGCGUGUAAUCUACACCACACCAAUCAAAGCUCUUAGCAACCAGAAGUAUCGAGAAAUGUUUGAGGAGUUCCAAGAUGUAGGGCUGAUGACUGGUGACGUCACCAUAAACCCCACUGCUAGCUGUCUCAUCAUGACAACAGAGAUUUUGAGGAGCAUGUUGUACAGAGGGUCAGAGAUCAUGCGAGAGGUCGGCUGGGUCAUUUUUGACGAGAUCCACUACAUGCGAGACAAAGAGCGAGGUGUUGUGUGGGAAGAAACCAUUAUUCUUCUGCCAGACAAUGUGCAUUAUGUGUUCCUGUCAGCUACAAUACCAAAUGCCAGACAGUUUGCAGAGUGGAUCUGCCACCUUCAUAAACAACCUUGUCAUGUUGUGUACACUGACUACAGACCAGUUCCUCUACAGCACUACAUCUUUCCCGCUGGCGGUGAUGGCCUUCAUCUUGUUGUAGACGAGAAGGGAGACUUUCGUCAGAACAACUUCAAUGCAGCUAUGUCUGUUCUGCGGGAUGUUGGUGAUGCAUCAAAAGGAGAUAUGUCUAAUAGAGGAAGGAAAGGAGGAACAAAAGGUCCAUCAAAUAUUUUCAAAAUUGUAAAGAUGAUAAUGGAGAAAAGCUUCCAGCCUGUGAUCAUCUUCAGUUUCAGUAAGAAAGAGUGUGAGGUAUAUGCCCUACAGAUGGCCAAGCUGGACUUCAACACACCAGAGGAGAAGAAGCUUGUGACAGAGGUCUUUGACAAUGCCAUUGAUUCCCUCUCUGAUGAGGACAAAACGCUUCCCCAAGUCGAAAAUGUCCUCCCUCUGCUAAAGAGAGGUAUCGGGAUCCAUCAUUCCGGAUUACUCCCAUUGCUGAAAGAAGUGAUUGAGAUUCUUUUCUCGGAGGGUCUUAUCAAGGCAUUGUUUGCGACUGAAACAUUUGCAAUGGGACUGAACAUGCCGGCAAGAACUGUGGUCUUCACCAAUGCUAGGAAAUAUGAUGGCAAAAGUUUUAGAUGGCUGACCUCAGGUGAGUAUAUUCAGAUGAGUGGUCGUGCAGGUAGGAGAGGCUUAGAUGAUCGUGGUAUUGUCAUCCUCAUGGUAGAUGAGAAGAUGAGUCCAAACAUUGGCAAAAACCUUCUACAGGGCCAACCUGAUCCACUGAACAGUGCGUUUCAUUUGACGUACAACAUGGUGUUGAAUUUACUACGAGUGGAGGAGAUUAAUCCUGAGUACAUGCUUGAAAAAUCUUUCUACCAGUUCCAGAAUUAUGUUGCAAUACCUGAACUCAUAGAAAAAUUAAAAACCCUGGAAGAGGAUUACAAUAGUAUGAGUGUACCCGAUGAGGAGAACGUUGAAACGUAUUACAAAAUACGCCAGCAGCUAGAGAGAUUAAGAACAGAGAUACAAGCAGUGUUAACAAAACCUAAGCAUUGUCUCCCGUUCAUGCAGCCUGGUAGACUUGUUCAUGUAAAAAAUGGUGAUGAUGUCUUUGGAUGGGGUGUCAUUAUUAACUUCAGGAAGAAAGCCAACCAGAAGAUGGCUUCACCAACGGAUGACUCUCCACUUUAUGUUGGUGAGGUUCUCCUGGAUGUUUCAAAAGAGAGCAUAAAAAAUGCUGCCACAGAAUCUGCUAAACCACCUGCUGAAGGUGAAAGGGGAGAAAUGACUGUUGUUCCAAUUAUGCUUCAUCUGAUAACGAAAAUAAGCAGUGUAAGAUUGUACAUACCUAAGGAUCUGAGACCCACAGAUAAUAGGCAGAGUGUUGGCAAAUCAAUACAGGAGGUACAGAGAAGAUUUCCAGAUGGUUUACCACUUUUGGACCCAAUUGAUGAUAUGGGAAUUAAAGACAAAGCUUUGAAGAAAAUAGUAGAGAAAGUUGAAGCAUUUGAAAGCAGAAUGGUGAACCAUUCCUUACACAAGGACCCAAAACUGAACGAAAUAUAUUCAGCUUAUGAAAAGAAAGCACAGAUUGGUUUAGAUAUCAAGGCAGCAAAAAAAGAAUUGAAGAGAGUUAAAACAGUGAUAAAAAUGGACGAGUUGAAAUGCCGGAAGAGAGUGCUAAGGAGGCUGGGCUACGCAACUUCUGCAGAUGUCAUUGAGCUCAAAGGAAGAGUGGCGUGUGAAAUCAGCACGUAAGUAGAAAAUUAAACACAAAUGUA